UUCAUUUUUUCGAGGCCGCCUGUUUCGAAAAAAGACAGGCCAACUCGCUCAGUGACACACAGCCACCAUGAAGCCGGGUCUACGGGUCUCGCUUGGCGCCUUGCUGCUGCUACUCUGUGCACCGACGGGCGCCGAAGGCGGGCGCAUUUUGGUGUGGUACACCGACGGCAGCCACUGGAUCAACAUGAAGCCCGUACUGGAGACGCUAGUGGACCGGGGACACCACGUCACCGUCCUGGUCCCCAACGUUUCGCUCUUCAUGAAAGCCAGUGACGAAUCCCGCUUCCACUACGAGCAGUUCAACGUCACCUUCGAACUGGAAGACUUUAUGAAGUUCAUGGAUGAGUUCCUUGCCUUCUCCAUGUACGAGAUGGACCGCAUGAACAUUUUUCAGGUCUACAUGAAGUUCAUGACCUUGAUGAAAAACGACCUGCAGUAUUCUUUGGGCUAUCUGGACGGCGUGAUGAAGUCAGAUGUCAUCAAGAGGAAGUUGAAGGAAGGCAACUAUGAUCUUGUCCUGGCUGACCCCAUUUACCCGGGCAGUGACCUCUUAGCUGAGAUACUGGAGGUCCCCCUGGUCCUCUCCUUGCGCUUCUCGAUGGUUCAUAACAUGGAGAGGUACUGCGGUCAGAUGCCUGCCCCGCCUUCUUUUGUGCCGGGCGCCAUGAGUAAGCUGACUGACGAGAUGGACUUCUACGAGAGGGUGCAGAACUUCCUCUUCUACGCCUUGAAUGACUUGGUUCUAAACCAAGUCUUCUGGCAAGAAAUGGAUCGAUACUACACAGAGAUCAAAGGCACGCCCACCAGCGCCUGCGAGUUGCUUGGCAAGGCAGACAUCUGGCUGAUAAGGACAUACUGGGAUUUUGACUACCCUCGCCCUUUCCUGCCCAACUUCAAGUUUGUCGGCGGGAUCCACUGCAGACCGGCGAAAGCUCUACCCGAGGAUAUGGAAGACUUUGUGCAGAGUUCAGGUGAAGACGGCAUUGUGGUUUUCACUUUGGGAUCCUUCAUCAACAACAUCACCACGGAGAAGGCCAACAUGAUCGCUUCGGGUCUUGCUCAGAUUCCCCAGAAGGUGCUUUGGAGAUACAGCGGCGAGAAGCCAGCCACUUUGGCCCCCAACACAAGAACAUACGACUGGAUCCCUCAGAACGACCUGCUGGGUCACCCCAAGACACGGGCCUUCAUCACCCACGGGGGCACCAACGGCAUUUAUGAGGCCAUCUACCACGGGGUCCCCUUGGUGGGCAUCCCCAUGUUCGCUGACCAGCCAGACAACAUGGUGCACAUGAAGGCCAAGGGCGCCGCAGUCACCUUGGAGCUAAACUUCAUGACGUCCGAAGACCUCAGCAACGCCAUCAAGACUGUCAUUAACGACAAGUCGUACAAGGAGAACGCCAUGCGGCUGUCCAGGAUCCACCACGACAGACCCAUGACCCCGCUGGACGAGGCCGUGUUCUGGAUUGAGUUCACCAUGAGACACAAAGGGGCCCAGCACUUAAGGGUCCAGGCUCACGAACUCACCUGGUACCAGUACCACAGCCUGGAUGUGAUGGGAUUCCUCCUGGCCGCCGUCCUCCUCGCCACGCUCCUCUUCGUCAAGACUUGCAAGUUGUGUCUGGGCAGAUGCUGCGGCCGGAAGAGGGCGACAAAGAGAAAGGCUGAGUAGGGUAAAGCGAAAGACCUACAAGGUGGAUUUGAAUAUACAAUAGAGCUGUAAGUUAGCUUACCACCAACAUGUGUGAAUGUGGAGUUAAUGUAUGAUGGGUUCUCAAUUCUCACUGUAUGCUUUGAGUGUUCAGAAAAAAGCGCUGUAUAAAUGUAAUCUGUUAUUAUUAUUAAAGUUACCCGCUUUAAUUUAUGUGAUUAAU